AUGUGGCUGCAGGAGCUCCACAACACGGUGGAGAGGGGAAAGUAUGUACUGGAAUGUUAUAACUUUGUUUUGUUAUUGCAUUGGUACGGUACAUACCUGUACUAAGUACCUGUAACAUACAUACCUGUACUGAGUACCUGUGACGUACAUACCUGUACUGAGUACCUGUAACGUGCAUACCUGUACUGAGUACCUGUAACGUGCAUACCUGUUAUGAGUACCUGUAACGUACAUACCUGUACUGAGUACCUGUAACGUACAUACCUGUGCUGAGUACCUGUAACGCACACCUGUAACAUGUAACAUACCAGUAUUUUAACAUUGCUUACUCAUCUCCCUCCAGGUUUACAUUUUUAGAAUCGAUGGUGUGUCUUUGGUGAAGAUCUUUCAGGCCUCAGGGAAAAUGGUAUGUGUUUGAAGGUCCACAGUUAGCUACUAUGUUGUUUAACCAUUACAUUUACGUCAUUUAGCAGACGCUCUUAUCCAGAGCGACUUACAAAUUGGUGCAUUCAACUUAUGAUAGCCAGUGGGACAACCAUUUUUUUUUUAUUUUUAUGGAGGGGGGGGGGGGGGGGGGGGGGGGGGGUAGAAGGAUUACUUUUAUACUAUUCCAGGUAUUCCUUAAAGAGGUAGGGUUUCAAGUGUCUCCGGAAGGUGGUCAGUGACUCCGCUGUCCUGGCAUCGUGGGGGAGCUUGUUCCACCAUUGGGGUGCCAGAGCAGCGAAUAGCUUUGACUGGGCUGAGCGGGAACUGUGCUUCCGUAGAGGUAGGGGGGCUAGCAGGCCAGAGGUGGAUGAACGUAGUGCCCUCGUUUGGGUGUAGGGUCUGAUCAGAGCCUGAAGGUAAGGAGGUGCCGUUCCCCUCACAGCUCCGUAGGCAAGCACCAUGGUCUUGUAGUAGAUGCGAGCCUUAACUGGAAGGUAGGGUCGUACUCUGCGAAUGUUGUAGAGCAUGAACCUGCAGGAUCGGGUCACCGAUUGAUGUUAGCGGAGAACGACAGGGUGUUGUCCAGGGUCAUUCUAAGGUUCUUUGCACUCUGGAAGGAGGACACAAUGGAGUUGUCAACCGUGAUGGUGAGAUCAUGGUGCGGGCAGUCCUUCCCCGGGAGGAAGAGCAGCUCCGUCUUGCCGAGGUUCUUCUUGAGGUGGUGAUCCGACAUCCACACUGAUAUGUCUGCCAGACAUGCAGAGAUGCGAUUCGCCACAUGGUUAUCAGAAGGGGAAAUAUUGUUGUUUAUUUACCAGUGUGUCGGUAGUAAUCACUCUUAAUAUAUGCCAUUUAGCAGACGCUUUUAUCCAAAGUGACUUAGUCAUGAGUGCAUAAAUUUUACGUAUGGGUUGUCCCGGGAAUCUAUGCUCUGCGAACUGAGCUACAAAGAACCACCAUUCACUUCUAGAAUCUGUUGUCAUUCUUUGUUAUCAGAAAUAACAUAGGCCUUCACUAGAGUGAUAAUGGACACAUUCCUUGUCCUGUUCUAAAAAGCAUGCUUGAUAGAGAGUCUCUAAAGUUAAUCUGGGUCUGGGAAACCAUGCCCCAUGUGUUGUAGAGUAAACAUAGCUGGUGUAGAGGAAGCAUGGCAGGCUGCUUGUUCAUAGCUGGUGUAGAGGAAGCAUGGCAGGCUGCUUGUUCAUAGCUGGUGUAGAGGAAGCAUGGCAGGCUGCUUGUUCAUAGCUGGUGUAGAGGAACCAUUGCAGGCUGCUUGUUCAUAGCUGGUGUAGAGGAAGCAUUGCAGGCUGCUUGUUCAUAGCUGGUGUAGAGGAAGCAUUGCAGGCUGCUUGUUCAUAGCUGGUGUAGAGGAAGCAUUGCAGGCUGCUUGUUCAUAGCUGGUGUAGAGAAAGCAUGGCAGGCUGCUAGUUCAUAGCUGGUGUAGAGGAAGCAUUGCAGGCUGCUUGUUCAUAGCUGGUGUAGAGGAAGCAUUGCAGGCUGCUUGUUCAUAGCUGGUGUAGAGGAAGCAUUGCAGGCUGCUUGUUCAUAGCUGGUGUAGAGGAAGCAUGGCAGGCUGCUAGUUCAUAGCUGGUGUAGAGGAAGCAUUGCAGGCUGCUUGUUCAUAGCUGGUGUAGAGGAAGCAUUGCAGGCUGCUUGUUCAUAGCUGGUGUAGAGGAAGCAUUGCAGGCUGCUUGUUCAUAGCUGGUGUAGAGGAAGCAUGGCAGGCUGCUAGUUCAUAGUUGGUGUAGAGGAAGCAUGGCAGGCUGCUAGUUCAUAGCUGGUGUAGAGGAAGCAUGGCAGGCUGCUUGUUCAUAGCUGGUGUAGAGGAAGCAUGGCAGGCUGCUUGUUCAUAGCUGGUGUAGAGGAAGCAUUGCAGGCUGCUUGUUCAUAGCUGGUGUAGAGGAAGCAUGGCAGGCUGCUAGUUCAUAGCUGGUGUAGAGGAAGCAUUGCAGGCUGCUUGUUCAUAGCUGGUGUAGAGGAAGCAUUGCAGGCUGCUUGUUCAUAGCUGGUGUAGAGGAAGCAUGGCAGGCUGCUUGUUCAUAGCUGGUGUAGAGGAAGCAUGGCAGGCUGCUUGUUCAUAGCUGGUGUAGAGGAAGCAUGGCAGGCUGCUUGUUCAUAGCUGGUGUAGAGGAAGCAUUGCAGGCUGCUUGUUCAUAGCUGGUGUAGAGGAAGCAUUGCAGGCUGCUUGUUCAUAGCUGGUGUAGAGGAAGCAUUGCAGGCUGCUUGUUCAUAGCUGGUGUAGAGGAAGCAUUGCAGGCUGCUUGUUCAUAGCUGGUGUAGAGGAAGCAUGGCAGGCUGCUUGUUCAUAGCUGGUGUAGAGGAAGCAUUGCAGGCUGCUUGUUCAUAGCUGGUGUAGAGGAAGCAUUGCAGGCUGCUUGUUCAUAGCUGGAGUAGAGGAAGCAUUGCAGGCUGCUUGUUCAUAGCUGGAGUAGAGGAAGCAUUGCAGGCUGCUUGUUCAUAGCUGGUGUAGAGGAAGCAUGAUAGGUGGCUAGUUCUUUGUUUUCUCAGGAGCACCACGCUGUUUAUAUGCUGUCAAUGUAGUGUUUUUGAGAGCAGCAGUGGUUAGCUAGUGCGAGGGAAGGAGGCUCUAGGCUGCAUUCCAAAUAGCACCCCAUGGGCUUUGGUCAAAAGUAGUACACUAAAUAGGGAAAUACAUGCCAUUUGUGACACAUCCGUAGUCUGGCCAGAAACCAGACAGUUAGGGAGGGCAAUUCACAUGGAUUUAGGUGUAAAUAACAAGUACAUCUUGUUAGAUACAGACCAUACGUUUUGUAAAUAUUAUAUUAAUAAUGGUCUAGAUAUGAAAGGGAAAAUAAAUCCAGUCAGAUUGUGGAGGGGAUGAUGAAAAUAAAAGGAAGUGCAUGUCUAUCUUCAGGGCCUGGGAAAAAGCAGACCUCCUUGAGGGCCUGGGGAAAAGCAGACCUCCUUGAGGGCCUGGGGAAAAGCAGACCUCAUUGAGGGCCUGGGGAAAAGCAGACCUCCUUGAGGGCCUGGGGAAAAGCAGACCUCCUUGAGGGCCUGCGGAAAAGCAGACCUCCUUGAAGGCCUGGGGAAAAGCAGAGGUCCUUGAAGGCAUGGGGAAAAGCAGACCUCAUUGAGGGCAUGGGGAAAGGCAGACCUCCUUGAGGGGGAAAAGCAGAAAAGCAGAGGUCCCUGAAGGCAUGGGGAAAAACAGACCUCCUUGAGGGCAUGGGGAAAGGCAGACCUCCUUGAGGGCCUGGGGAAAAGCAGACCUCCUUGAGGGCCUGGGGAAAAGCAGAGGUCCUUGAAGCCAUGGGGAAAAGCAGACCUCCUUGAGGGCAUGGGGAAAGGCAGACCUCCUUGAGGGCCUGGGGAAAAGCAGACCUCAUUGAGGGCCUGGGGAAAAGCAGAGGUCCUUGAAGGCAUGGGGAAAAGCAGACCUCCUUGAGGCCAUGGGGAAAGGCAGACCUCCUUGAGGGCCUGGGGAAAAGCAGACCUCCUUGAGGGCCUGGGGAAAAGCAGAGCUCCUUGAGGGCCUGGGGAAAAGCAGAGCUCCUUGAGGGCAUGGGGAAAAGCAGACCUCCUUGAGGGACUGGGGAAAGCAGACAUAUUUGAGGGGAAAAGCAGACCUCCUUGGGGGCCUGGGGAAAAACAGACCUACUUGGAGGCCUGUGGAAAAAGCAGAACUCCUUGAGGGCAUGGGGAAAAGCAGAGCUCCUUGAGGGGGAAAAGCAGAUCUCCUUGAGGGCCUGGGGAAAAGCAGACCUCCUUGAUGGCCUGGGGGAAAAGCAGACCUACUUGAGGGCCUGGGGAAAAGCAGACCUCCUUGAGGGCAUGGGGAAAAGCAGACCUCCUUGAGGGCCUGGGGAAAAGCAGAGCUCCUUGAGGGCCUGGGGAAAAGCAGAGCUCCUUGAGGGCAUGGGGAAAAGCAGACCUCCUUGAGGGACUGGGGAAAGCAGACAUAUUUGAGGGGAAAAGCAGACCUCCUUGGGGGCCUGGGGAAAAACAGACCUACUUGGAGGCCUGUGGAAAAAGCAGAACUCCUUGAGGACAUGGGGAAAAGCAGAGCUCCUUGAGGGGGAAAAGCAGAUCUCAUUGAGGGCCUGGGGAAAAGCAGACCUCCUUGAAGGCCUGGGGGAAAAGCAGACCUCCUUGAGGCCAUGGGGAAAGGCAGACCUCCUUGAGGGCCUGGGGAAAAGCAGACCUCCUUGAGGACCUGGGGAAAAGCAGAGCUCCUUGAGGGCCUGGGGAAAAGCAGAGCUCCUUGAGGGCAUGGGGAAAAGCAGACCUCCUUGAGGGACUGGGGAAAGCAGACAUAUUUGAGGGGAAAAGCAGACCUCCUUGGGGGCCUGGGGAAAAACAGACCUACUUGGAGGCCUGUGGAAAAAGCAGAACUCCUUGAGGGCAUGGGGAAAAGCAGAUCUCCUUGAGGGCCUGGGGAAAAGCAGACCUCCUUGAAGGCCUGGGGGAAAAGCAGACCUACUUGAGGGCCUGGGGAAGAGCAGACCUCCUUGAGGGCCUGGGGAAAAGCAGACCUCCUUGAGGGCAUGGGGAAAAGCAGAGCUCCUUGAGGGCCUGGGGAAAAGCAGACCUCCUUGAGGGCAUGGGGAAAAGCAGACGACCUUGAGGGCCUGGGGAAAAGCAGACCUUCUUGAGGGCCUGGGGAAAAGCAGACCUCCUUGAGGGCCUGGGGAAAAGCAGAGCUCCUUGAGGGCCUGGUGAAAAGCAGAGCUCCUUGAGGGACUGGGGAAAAGCAGACCUCCUUGAGGGCAUGGGGAAAAGCAGACGACCUUGAAGGCCUGGGGAAAAGCAGACCUCCUUGAGGGCCUGGGGAAAAGCAGACCUCCUUGAGGGCAUGGGGAAAAGCAGAGCUCCUUGAGGGCCUGGGGAAAAGCAGACCUCCUUGAGGGCCUGGGGAAAAGCAGACCUCCUUGAGGGCCUGGGGAAAAGCAGAGCUCCUUGAGGGCCUGGGGAAAGGCAGACCUCCUUGAGGGCCUGGGGAAAAGCAGAGCUCCUUGAGGGCCUGGUGAAAAGCAGAGCUCCUUGAGGGACUGGGGAAAAGCAGAGCUCCGUGAGGGCAUGGGGAAAAGCAGAGCUCCUUGAGGGCAUGGGGAAAAGCAGACGACCUUGAGGGCCUGGGGAAAAGCAGACCUCCUUGAGGGCCUGGGGAAAAGCAGACCUCCUUGAGGGCCUGGGGAAAAGCAGAGCUCCUUGAGGGCCUGGUGAAAAGCAGAGCUCCUUGAGGGACUGGGGAAAAGCAGACCUCCUUGAGGGUAUGGGGAAAAGCAGACGACCUUGAAGGCCUGGGGAAAAGCAGACCUCCUUGAGGGCCUGGGGAAAAGCAGACCUCCUUGAGGGCAUGGGGAAAAGCAGAGCUCCUUGAGGGCCUGUGGAAAAGCAGAGCUCCUUGAGGGCAUGGGGAAAAGCAGAGCUCCUUGAGGGCAUGGGGAAAAGCAGACGACCUUGAGGGCCUGGGGAAAAGCAGACCUCCUUGAGGGCCUGGGGAAAAGCAGACCUCCUUGAUGGCCUGGGGAAAAGCAGACCUUCUUGAGGGCAUGGGGAAAAGCAGACCUCCUUGAGGGCAUGGGGAAAAGCAGACGACCUUGAGGGCCUGGGGAAAAGCAGACCUCCUUGAAGGCCUGGGGAAAAGCAGACCUCCUUGAGGGCCUGGGGAAAAGCAGACCUCCUUGAGGGCAUGGGGAAAAUCAGAGCUCCUUGAGGGCCUGGGGAAAAGCAGACCUCCUUGAGGGCCUGGGGAAAAUCAGAGCUCCUUGAGGGCCUGGGGAAAAGCAGACCUCCUUGAGGGCCUGGGGAAAAGCAGACCUCCUUGAGGGCCUGGGGAAAAGCAGAGCUCCUUGAGGGCCUGGUGAAAAGCAGAGCUCCUUGAGGGACUGGGGAAAAGCAGACCUCCUUGAGGGUAUGGGGAAAAGCAGACGACCUUGAAGGCCUGGGGAAAAGCAGACCUCCUUGAGGGCCUGGGGAAAAGCAGACCUCCUUGAGGGCAUGGGGAAAAGCAGAGCUCCUUGAGGGCCUGGUGAAAAGCAGAGCUCCUUGAGGGCCUGGGGAAAAACAGACCUCCUUGAGGGCCUGGGGAAAAGCAGAGCUCCUUGAGGGCCUGGUGAAAAGCAGAGCUCCUUGAGGGACUGGGGAAAAGCAGAGCUCCUUGAGGGCAUGGGGAAAAGCAGAGCUCCUUGAGGGCAUGGGGAAAAGCAGACGACCUUGAGGGCCUGGGGAAAAGCAGACCUCCUUGAGGGUAUGGGGAAAAGCAGACAACCUUGAAGGCCUGGGGAAAAGCAGACCUCCUUGAGGGCCUGGGGAAAAGCAGACCUCCUUGAGGGCAUGGGGAAAAGCAGAGCUCCUUGAGGGCCUGGUGAAAAGCAGAGCUCCUUGAGGGACUGGGGAAAAACAGACCUCCUUGAGGGCCUGGGGAAAAGCAGACAUAUUUGAGGGCCUGGGGAAAAGCAGACCUCCUUGAGGGUAUGGGGAAAAGCAGACCUCCUUGAGGGCCUGGGGAAUAGCAGACCUCCUUGAGGGCCUGGGGAAAAGCAGACCUCCUUGGCAAUGAAUAGAGCAGAGGGAUUAUUUUUCCCAAAGGGAACUUCAGUUGUGGCUAAUAAAUUAGACAAUAAAUAUACAUACAUGGCAGAUAAACCAUUGUACUAGAUCAACACCAAUAAUCAUUUUACAUUGAAAAGCUGUCCUUGACUCUGUGAUCUGACCAGUGCUGGGUCUGUCUAAGUAACCACUAACCAGUGCUGCGUCCGUCUAUAACUUUAUACAUUAUAGAAAAGAUGAGUACAAAGUCAUGUAUUUUCACUGAUGUGAUGUAAAUGUAAAUGUGAUGUCUGACCCAAUGCUGUCUGUCUGUGUGGCUUUGUGGCUGUGCUUGGUUAUUUUCCAGAUGGGCUCUUACUUUGGCUCCUCAUUGUGUGGAGUUGAUCUGAACCUGGACGGCCUGUCGGACCUGCUGGUUGGAGCGCCCAUGCACAGCACACUACGGGACGAGGGACAGGUCUCUGUCUACCUCAGCAAGGGCAACGUGAGUGGGAAGAGUGAGAUCUGGGUUGGAUGGGAAAAGGGUUGUAAAAUGUUAUGAACUUUCUGAAAGGGCCCAUGUUGUUCAGAAGUUGUAGGAUAUUCGGAAGGGAAUGAACAGGGAGGGAAUCUUACAACUAGGAAUUCUGUAAAUGGGAUUUCUGAAAAACAUGAGAAAUGUGCAAUGUACAGUAUAUUCUAGACCUCCAGUCAACCUGUCUGGCCCUCCGUAUGUAAACAUGGCUGCCUAUAGCGUGUAGCAAGAGUUUAUAUGACCUCCAUAGAUUGUUCAUCUGUCCAUGUCAGACCAGCUGGUUAACAAAAUGUUAUUAACUUGAAGAAAACUAUUUGCUUCAAAAGUGGGGAUUGUUUAACUUUGUCUGUGUUUGGUCCUGUUCUAUUUGUGAGUUAUCAUUAGGAUGUUAUAACUAGCUAGUCUUGGAGGUUCUUACGGUGAGUUAUCAUUAGGAUGUUAUAAUUAGCUGGUCUUGGAGGUUCUUACGGUGAGUUAUCAUUAGGAUAUUAAAACUAGCUAGUCUUGGAGGUUCUUACGGUGAGUUUGGUUAUUUGAGUUUUUAGUGAAAGUUAAAUAACUAUAUCUAUAGCCGAUACAGAAAGUUCCUCAAAUGUUAUAGGAGAAAGCUGGAUGUAUUUCAGUUAGUAGUCAGUCAUAACCAUUGCCCUUUAAUGUAAAGGGUUGUGUCACAUCAUAACUGUUCCCCUUUAAAGUUAUGGGUUGUGUCACGUAAUAACCGUUCCCCAGUAAUAGGUUGUGUCACGUCCUAACCAUUCCCCUGUUUGACUCUAAUUGCAGGGGGUGAUGGAGGAGGCUGGACUCUUAAAUGGAGAUGAUGCCUACAGUGCACACUUUGGAGAGUGCAUCACUGCAAUCGGAGACAUCGAUGACGAUGGAUACCAA